AUGCCGCCCGUCGGGUCUUUAUCAGAACCACACGAGGACUCGUGGCGACCACAAGUCCACUUCUCGCCGCCCGAGGGAUUUAUGAAUGACCCGAAUGGCCUCUUCGUCGAUGCGCAGGGUACCUAUCAUCUGUAUUACCAAUACAAUCCAACGGGUAUCCUAGCCGGAAAUCAGCACUGGGGCCAUGCAACCAGCAAGGACCUCUUCCACUGGUUCGACCAGCCCAUCGCAAUAUAUCCACCCGAUGCCGAAUCGCAAGUCUUCAGUGGCUCCGUGGUAAUUGACGUGAAGAACACAUCCAGCUUCUUCCCAGACCAAUCAGAUGGCGUAGUGGCCAUCUACACCCUCAACACUCCUGGCGCGCAAGUUCAGGAGAUUGCCUACUCUCGCGACGGAGGGUACACAUUCACGCCUUUUGAGGGCAAUCCUGUCAUCGAUGGCCAGUCUACACAGUUCCGCGAUCCGAAGGUCGUUUGGCAUGCGGAGACUCAGCGCUGGAUCAUGGUCGUCGCGUACGCACAGGAGUUCAUCGUCGCUAUCUACACCUCUCCCGACCUCAAGACUUGGACCCAUGCCUCUGACUACUCGCACCACGGCCUCCUCGGUCUCCAAUACGAGUGCCCCAACCUCGUCCGCGUACCUGUGCGUGAUGCCGUAGGCGCCCCCCAGACCGAAUACGAUAUGUACGUCCUGACUCUCAGCAUCAACCCCGGCGCCCCCCUCGGCGGCUCGACGACCCAGUACUUCCCCGGCAAUUUCGACGGCACGCAAUUCACGCCAGUGGAUGGCGCGACGCGUCUCGCGGACUUCGCGAAGGACAAUUACGCCGCCCAGUUCUUCUACGGGACCCCGGAAGGCGAGGACGCGCUCUCUCUCGGGUGGGCGUCCAAUUGGCAGUACACCGAGGCGACGCCCACCGCUCGGGAGGGCUGGCGCGGGGUGAUGACCCUCCCGCGACGCAGCUUCCUCACGAGGAACUCGCGUGAGGGCUGGGUUCUAGUCUCGCUCCCUGUCGAACUGAGUCCUGUCCUUUGCCCGGGUCCCAUCAGAGUCACACGGGAGCAUCUGGGCGGGGACAUGCGAUUCGAAGCCGACCUCCGUGCCGUCAAGAGCGGCGCGUACCAUUUCGAAAUAGUCCUCCCAACGUUUUCCCGCACGGCUACCGAAGCCCGGCUUACCUUUGAACUCUCCAGUUCUGCUUCGGGCGAGUCUGUGUCUGGGGGCUGGCUUUUCGCGCUCGGGGGCGACUGCCACUUCUAUCUGGACCGCGGGCGCACGCAUGGCUUCGACCACCCACUGUUCACGGACGGGUUCUCUACGUCCGUCGUCGCGCCUGGUGAGGGAGACUGCACCUGGACGCUCUCUGCGGUGUUCGACAGGAGCAUUCUGGAGGUGUUUGUGAAUGGGGGCGCGGCGAGCGCGACGAUGACUGUGUUUCCGGAGGGGCGCCUGACCAUGCUUGCGGUGCGCACUGCGGGGAUACCGGAGGACGUGCUCGUAAACGUCGUUGUCCAUGGGCUGAAGAGUGUAUGGGAGGGCGGUCGUCCGCGGAGUAUCCCGCGGUCAAGAGUGGACGCCACCUAAGCGUCGCAGCUGGGAUCCGUGUGGGACAGCGAUGACGGACGCAAAGGGCUUUUGGACAGAUCGAUGGUAGCGCAAAGAGCGGCUGGCGUGCCGCUGAGCCUAAUAUACUUACAAACAGAAGUGCACGACUAUACAACUCGGCGCCUUGUUGCUCCAAAUGUGCCGCGACAUCGACUCUCGCUGG